AUGUCCUCCCUGCCGAGCUCCGUCAGCAGCCGGCCAGUCAGGGACAAGCGUCGCCAGGACGACCGCAAGAAAGUAAAAGACAUGAAGGGCAUCAACAAGAGAUUCCAGAGGCUGGAGUCGCACGUGGUGACGCUCGCCCGUAGCGUGGCCCACCUGUCGUCGGAGAUGAGGACCCAGCACCUCAUGAUACAGCGAAGGACCGAUGUGGUGACCACCUGGCCUCAGGAGAUGGAGAACAUACGAGGGGAGAUCUCCGCGCUGCGGGCCCAGACGCUCGCGGUGAGGUCACACUCCAUGCCACGGGGCCUGAACGCUCUCCUGCCGGGGGAGAGGGGGGACGCUGCCCUCACCAACCCCCAGCGAGUCAAGAAGCUCACCAAGUUCUUCGGCGACGAGCCCCCGCUCCUCCGGUUGUUCCUCAAGAAGCUGGGAUACGAGAAGUACGCAAACGCGUUCGAGAACGAGCGAGUCGGGAUGGUGGAGCUGCCUUACAUGACGGAGGAGCGCCUGCAGAAGAUGGGCGUCCCACUGGGGCCGCGGCUCAGAAUACUGCAGGAGGCUCAGGUGUCGCUGUGUCGAGACAAGGUGUACGUCGUGUGA